AUGACGGCAGCCAAGCGAGUCGCACACGGCGUGCUCCCUCGCACGUGGACCACCUCGGCGGGCGCACCACCGCGCCGGUUGCUGUCGACGGCCACCUCGUCGUCCCGACCUUCACUCGCCCGGGCUCCCUCGACCUCGGCCAACACGGGCGCACCGCCAAAGCGGUCCCUGUUCCUCCUGUCGACCGCGCUCCUGUCGACCGGGCUCGUCGCCGGGUACGCCGUCGCGCUCGUCGCCCCUCGACCUCAGCUCCUGUCGCUCGUCUUCCCCUUCCCGACACCGCACCCGCCGCCCAAGGACCACCCGGACGCGCACGAGAUCCGCGACUCGAUCGAGAAGGGCCUGCACAACCUCGACGUCGUCAAGCGCCUCAAGGAGGACGUCGUGCCCACCGCCUCGCUCCUCGCCCCACCUCCCCCCUCUUCCUCUUCCUCGUCCACCUCCCUUGAGCAGCAGGCUGCGGCCGCCGCCUCGACCGCCGGCGACAUUUCGCCGAGCGACACCCCGCUGUCGCCGCGUUACACCCUCUCGCGCCCCUACGCCUCGACCCCGGCCGGCCCGCACUCGCUCUCGGGCUACGCCUUGCGAGGGCCGGGCAAGUUUGCCGUGCCGCCGCUCGUCUUCACGACGACCGACAAGAAGGAGAGCGUCCUCGUCGUGCAUGUCGGCGAUGGCCUGUGCGGCCACGAGGGCGUCGUCCACGGCGGGCUGCUCGCGACCGUUCUCGACGAGGCCAUGGGCCGCACUGCCCUCCUCAACUUGCCGAGCAACAUCGGCGUCACGGCGACGCUCGCCAUGAAGUACAAGAAGCCGACGUUCGCCAACCAAUACCUCGUUGUGCGCACCUCGCUCGUCAAGCAGCAAGGGCGCAAAGCAUGGGUCCAGGGCCGCAUCGAGGACGCCGAGGGCACGACGCUCGUCGAGGCAGAGUGCCUCUUUGUCGAGCCCAAGUUUGCCCAGUUCCUCAACAACAGCAGCGUGCGCGAGGCGCUCAAGUAGAACGAGGAGGAGCAAGCAGACGGGAGCCGACAUUGCAGUAGACGCUAGAGUCUCUCUCGCCC